AUGGGAAUACAUGUUCCUUCUCAUGUGCCCAUGGAAUCUACCCCAUUUAAAGGGAUGGAGUUUGAAGCGGAUGAGAUUGCAUAUGGUUUUUAUAAUGAAUAUGGCAGAAAUGCUGGUUUUAGUAUUAGAAAAGAGUAUGUAAAUAAAUGUAAAAAGACUGGUGUGGUUACUUCAAGAAGAUUUGUGUGUGCAAAGGAGGGGGUUCGAGGCAAAGACAAGAGAGAUCAGAAUGUAAAGAAUCCACGAGCAGAAACAAGAUGUGGUUGUGAAGCACGUUUGGUUAUUGUACUUAACCGAGAUAGUAAAAAAUAUGUGGUGAGUGAAUUUAUUGCUGAGCAUAACCACUAUCUCCACCUUCCAUCAACUGUGCACAUGAUGCCAUCACAACGGAAAGUGGAUGCAACUCAUGCUAUUGAAAUUGAUUUGGCACAUGAAUCGGGAUUAAGACUAAAGCAAUCUCAAGAGUUGUUUUUAUUGCAUAAUUACUGUUAA